AUGCUGCAGAAUGCGAACUCAGUUAAAAGAAUAAUGAAAGAGCUAAAAGAUAUCGAAGACUCAGAGAAGAACAAAACGGAAGAAGUGUCCGAGCAGGUAGUGCGGAUCAGCCCAGUCGAUGAAACAGACAUGUACACUUGGAGAGGGAAAAUAAAGCCGCCGAAGGGAAGCAACUACCACGGAGGAGUGUUCUAUUUGGAUAUUAAAUUCCCAACGGACUACCCUUUCAAGCCCCCUCGAAUCAGAUUCAUCACGCGAAUAUUCCAUCCGAACAUAAACACAAAUGGAACAAUUUGUUUGGACAUUUUGAACGAGAAGUGGUCUCCUGCGCUGACCAUAUCGAAGGUGAUGAUGUCUAUUUGCAGCUGGCUGGACGAGCCAAACCCGGACGACCCUUUGGUGCCGAACAUCGCAUCAAUCUGCAAGACAGAGCCGGAGAAGUACAAGGAAACAUGCCAAGAGUGGACGCUGAAGUAUGCGACAGACACGAGCAACGACAUAGAAGCAUGGAAGUAA